AUGGCAUCCACCACCUUAUUGUUCUCAGUAUUAUUCACCUUCAGUUUCAUAUUCUCAACCAACUAUGCAGCUCGGCAUCUAUCAAACAAGCCGGAGAUAAUAUCUCCGGCCGCAUCUCCUUCCAACUCUCCUCCAAUUAACAUCGGUCCUCUUAAGCCAUUGGAGGUAUCUCCGGCCGCAUCUCCUUCUAACUCUCCUCCAGUUAACAUCGGUCCUUUUAAGCCAUUUAAGCCAGUAAUGCCCGGACAUCAUCAAUAUCAAUGGCCACCAUUGCCCAGAAUUCCAUUCAAGCCAUUCAAGCCAAUUAAACCUGGGCAUCCCUGGUCACCAAUGCUGCCAAUGCCGCCACCUUUCGAUCAUAAACCGAUAUUCCCGCCGCCAAUGGGGAGACGACCUUGCCCGCGCAAACCUUCAGAUAAACAAAAGCUGCCAAAAUGGGAGCCUACAUGGCCUGGUAUGCCAAAGUUUGCAUUGCCACCUUUCCCUGCAACCAAGCCUGGAGAUAUACCAAAGUUCACAAUGCCUCCUAUGCCUUCUGUUCCUGCUAAUCAUUCAUUUCCAAAGAACCACUACAACUACCACAUGCCCUAG